ACCAUUCCCCCCGCCAGCGUUUGUGUCUCGUGUGGUUAGAAGAGUUUUGUCAGAAGAGAAAGACAUUACGUGCUCUUGUUGCACAGAUCUUCAGCUCUAGGUCCUUUGCUCAAUUGUUUGCAGGGGAUUUCAAGUACUUAUCUGGGAGUAAUAAGUGCCUACAGUAGUCUCACUUGUGGACUACAGAGACGCCAUGUGCGAAGCAUAGCCUGAGUCAGGAAACCUACUGAAGACAAAGAUGCAAGUUAGCUCUCCUUUUCUGGAAACAAUACAUUCAUCUUCACUGAAGUGAUCCUUGAAGGAUACCAACCUCACACGCCAUUUAAAUCUGCUCGAUUGCACAAGACUAGUACAAAAGGCCUGAAUAACAAUUGCUUUGCCUUGUAGCGAUUUGCUUUAAGGCAUAGUGAAAGUGUGUCUGAAGGCUCGGAUGCAUUUGUCAAUGGAUACCCUUGGAAUAGUGGAUGAUAGUGGGCAUGGAAUAGUAGACAACUAUGACAUAGGGAAAGGAGCAGGGUCAAGCAGUGGAGGCAGGGUCCACAGUAUUGAUGUCAUAUUAGGAUUCACUAAAGACCAGGAGCCACUUCUCCAUUCAGUAGGAGGUGAUGACAGCUCAAAAGCCAAUGGAGCAAACCAUCAGGACCCGGAAAAGCAGGUCCCCUCAGACCCCUACGGGCAUCUGCCAGACCUUGGUGACAGCUCUCAGCAUUCCUCCUACCAUGAAUCUAACAUCUUUUCCGGUGACAAGUGUGAUGGAGAAAUGAACUCUCUGCACAAGGACGUGGACAUUGAAGAGGGCUCUCCCAAGUCUAUCAAAGAGGAAGAGCACACAAAAAAGAAACAUAGAAGAAAUCGCACCACUUUCACCACCUAUCAGCUUCAUGAGCUGGAACGAGCCUUUGAGAAGUCCCACUACCCGGAUGUCUACAGUCGUGAGGAGUUGGCGAUGAAGGUCAACUUGCCAGAAGUUCGCGUUCAGGUGUGGUUCCAGAAUCGAAGAGCAAAGUGGAGACGUCAAGAAAAGAUGGACACCAGCACCAUGAAGCUCCAUGACUCUCCCAUGUUGUCAUUCAACCGCCCCCCAAUGCCUCCUACUGUGGGGCCAGUAGCCAACCCAAUGCCACUGGAUCCCUGGCUUACCUCACCCAUUUCCAGUGCCACACCCAUGCACACCAUUCCAGGGUUCAUGGGUUCACCGCAGGCCCUCCAGCCCACUUAUUCAAGCCACAGCUUCCUCAACACCCCGCCUGGCAUGGUUCAAGGUAUGCAGCCCAUGGGCCCGCCUCCAUACCAGUGUCCGCCCAGCUUCAAUGAUAAAUACCCAGUGGAGGACGACAGGAGUUCCAGCAUUGCAGCACUCAGGAUGAAGGCCAAAGAGCACAUUCAGUCAAUGGAUAAGACCUGGCAACACAUGUGAUAUCAAACCUUAGUGUGGAUGGAUUUUUUUGAUGUGCCCCGUGAAUGUUUACAAAGUGCUUUUACACCGUUUGAGGCUUGUACCAAGAAAGGGGAUACAUGAUACCAAAGAAGCUUUAAAGUCAGAUAUUUUCACUGUCACUACUGUGAAACAGUGUUUUCAGUUUUUAUUGAACCACAAAAGGAACUGAUUCAGUCAGUCGGAAUCCUGUGCUUUAGUUUAGCUCAACAUGUUUUGGUACCUUUUGAAAGGCAAAGAGACUGAUGUGAGAUUGUUUGUUCUGCAAUAAGUUUCUAUAUCUGAUGGUAUUUCAGAUCAUAUUGACAUCUUAAUAAAAGUUAUAGCAAGGCUAUGUAGAGCCAUCGUGUCAGAGCUAGCUAUGUUUUUUUUCCUUUUUUAAAAAUGAUUAUUGUUUUCAUUAUAUGGUUUCAACAGGUAUCAACCAAUUUAUGCAAGUUUGCUAUCUUGAAUUUAUGGUGUUUUGAUUUUUUUUAUGCUGGUAAAAUACUUUAUUACUUACUAAAAAAAAACUGUAAUUAACUCUGUCUUUAUGUCCCAGGAUAUCAGAUUCCCUAAGCACUCCUGAAGUGUUAAUUUUUUAUUGAUUGAUAAUCUCCAAUGCAUCCUGCUUUGCAGGUAUUGGUAUUUAGUUUAAGUUCUUCACAUUUUUAGUAUUACUUUGAGUUGCUUGAAAAGGUUUAUCUUAUGUGUCUCUUUAGAUAGGAUCUCUUUGGGUACAUCUUUAUCCAUUUUAUUGUUUCACAAUGAAAUAAUACUCAGUGAUUUUUUUUAAGUAUAUUUUAUUUGUGACAAAGUGGGAAAAAAUCAUGCAUUUAAAACCACAUAUCCACAAAGAUUUAAUCUGAAAUGGGUUUAAAGGGAAUCAUUUUGUUUUAUUUCCAAGUGGUAAAAUAUCCUUUUGAAGAGCACUGAGCUCUGAUGGGGGAGGUUAGCGGAAGUCACAAAGCGUAAUCUGAUUGGGAAGCUAAUUUAAACAGACAAGCAUACCUCUUAACACCUAAUUACUGCUUUAAAAGCGAUUAACCCUGGAUUCUCAGCCAUAGACAGAAUGCCCUUAGAUAGCCCUUAAAAACCGUACUGUCUACCCCACAAAAAGAAAAAAAGUCAACUCAUAUCAUUUUCAAUUUCCAUCUAGAAAACUCUUCUGUCAAUAGGGUUUCAUAUUAUGAAAUUGUGAGUUAUUUUAACCCCUGUGGUGAAAUUUAUGGCAAAUAUAAUAUUUCAGGGCCACUGGUUUAGAAAAGUGUCACCACAACUUAUUGAAAUGUGCUAAUGAGAUAAUUAUGUCUUGGUGAAUACCUACUGAACAUCCUUCUUGAUUGCACUGAUCCCUGUUCUUGUAUAUUGUCUCAUCUCAUUGAAACUUUUGCUUGAUAAAGCUGAUUCAUUGACCAUAUUUGCA